UUGGUUUUUCAAAUGUUGGUUUUUACUCGCGUUCUGUGAGGUUCAGCGAGGAAGGUCACUGAAGAAGAAGGGAAAUCUACUCCUCAGAAGGCCAUCGCGUGCUCAUGGGACUUGUGAUGAAGAGCUGCUGAUCAGGUAAGCUGUCGUGAUAUGGCGAAGCCGAAGAGCCAAAAAAGAAAGAGAGCCAAGGAAGAUGAUUAUUGCAGUGCCGUUGCAGCCGAUGCCAUGGAACGAGCCAAAGAGGUUCAGUCGUCCUUGUCGCUGCAAUUCCCAAGCUUUGUCAAGCGCAUGCUCCCGUCGCACGUGACUCGUGUAUUUUGGAUGGGCCUUCCGAAGCAAUUCUGUGACUCGCAUUUGCCGAAGGAAGAUGUGACGAUCAAGUUGGAAGAUGAGAGCGGGGAAGUAUACGAAACAAAGUACCUUUUUGCUAAAACUGGCCUGAGUGGCGGGUGGAGAGGGUUUUCGAUUGCUCACAGCAUAAUGGAGGGUGAUGCAGUAGUGUUUCAACUAGUCAUGCCAACCCAGUUCAAGGUGUACAUUGUGAGAUCGAGUAAUUUCAGCGAGGUGGACGGGGCUCUGGGCCUGAUAAAUUUGGGUCCUUGCUCAAGAAGAGUCAAUCCUGAACACACCAAGAGCAGCGAAGAAGAAGACGAUGACACUUAUUGGGUGCCUCUUGCAAAGGAACUUACUCCAGAGAACAUUCAUGAAGACGGUUUCAAGAUCUGGAACACUGAUUGCAAAUCUGUUGCAGAUCAUCCCAAGACCGACUCCAAUGACCGCGUUUCAAAUGGUCUUCACGGAAUUCAGUUCUCUGAAUCUGUCAUUGAUUUCAAAGACGUGACAAGUAUUGAAAAUUUCUCUAUAAUCACCAAGGGUUUGGUUAUUGACUCCGAACUCUCCGAGCACCUUAGAGCCAAGUACUACGAGCUGUGUAGGUGUCAAAAGACAUUUCUCCACACUUGCCUCCUCGAAGGCCUGAACUAUAAGCUGGCAGCAGGAAUAAUCUCUGAAACGGUGAACAUUGCGGAUGCUAUCAGGGCUUCGAGGAUCACAACUUCUAUAGAGGACUUCGACGUGUGGGCCACGACUCUGAAGGCAUUCGAGGACCUGGGCAUGGAUGUGGGGUUCUUACGAGCCCGGCUCGGCCGGCUUAUCAGUCUGGCAUUGACAUCGAGGAAAUGCGAGGAAGUGAAGGGUGAACGGGCUUGUGCUGCGGAGAAGAGGAGUAGGCUUGAAGCUGAGCUUACGGAAACGAAGGGUGCGAUCAGUAGGCUACAUGCUGAAAUCGAGACCACAGGCAAUGACAGUUACGGGCUUGAAAUGGCAUUUCAACAAGUUGCUAGUGCCCCCUGGUAGUUGGAAGGACAUGGCCAUCCAUCACGACAGCCAUGUGAGGCGCGCUAAUGAGAGGCUGCGGCGAAACAGUCACAGGAUGCACGACCUGUCCAUCCCUGACCUGCAACUUUUUGGUAAGUACUAUUGUCUUCUUCUUCUUUUUCUUUGGGCGUGAAGAAGAUCUCCUGAUCCUGAAGCUAUUAGACGCCGGAUGACCGGAAAGAAUUUUUGUGUUGCCCGCAAUGCGACUCCAGUCAUAUGACAGGGAGUAUAUGUGCAAUGUAAUGUAAUGUCUAUAAUUAACCUGUAAUUGUU